AUGGCGUCAGAGACAAACCAAAGCUUCAUAGACCUUUCAUGGUUUCUUCAAUCAAUCAAAGACCCACAACAAAAUUUCUUCAAUCUCCAAACCCUUUCCUUCUCCUUGUCCGGAAAAGCCACGCAUUGUCAGCUACCAACAGACAACUCCAUGAACAUCAACGUCACCAGAGACAACCUCACUUCACUUUCCCAGAUCUUCAUCGAGCUAGCAACAUCUCUAGAGACUCAUACAUCACUCAGGAACUUGGAAUUCGAAGGAAUCUCAUGGAAAAUCGAGAUAUUGCAGAGCCUUGGUUUGUUGCUCGACAACACAUCCAAGAUAAAGCAUCUUGCUUUCAGAAAGAACAGGUUCAGUGAACAAUGUCUGAGUGAGCUCUCAGUGAUUUUGAAAAGAAACAGUUGGAUCAAAGAGAUUGUCUUCUUAGAGUCGAGGAUUGGAUGCAGAGGAGCUACGUUUCUCGGGUCGGCUCUCCAAGUGAACGACUCGUUAGAGGAAUUGCAGAUUUGGGAAGACUCAAUCGGGUCUAAAGGAGCAGAAGAGCUCUCUAAGAUGAUCGAAACAAACUCAAGUUUGAAACUUUUCUCCAUAUUCGACUCUAGUCCCUUGACUGCGACGCCUUUGAUAUCCGCCGUUUUGGGUAUGAACAGAGAAAUGGAGGUUCAUGUAUGGAGUGGAGAUCACAAACGAGACAGAAGCUCAAAGGUUGUUGAGUUCUUGCCUGAGAGCAACACUCUUAGGAUUUACCAGAUUGACAUUUCUGGUUCUUGCAGAGUCGCUGCAGCGUUGGGGAUGAACACAACCGUGAGGUCACUAGACAUGACGGGUGCGAAGCUGAAUUCGCGGUGGGCGAAAGAGUUUAGAUGGGUUCUUGAGCAGAACAAGACUCUUAGAGAAGUGAAACUUUCGAAAACCGGUCUUAAAGACAAAGCGGUUGUGUAUGUUGCAGCUGGACUUUUCAAGAACAAGAGCUUGCAGAGUUUGUAUGUUGAUGGAAAUCGGUUUGGGAGCGUUGGUGUCGAGGAUUUGCUUUGUCCAUUGAGUAGAUUCUCUGCUCUGCAAUUACAAGCCAACAUCACGCUCAAGUCAAUUGUGUUUGGAGGUUCCAGGACGAAGAUUGGAAGAGAUGGACUUACCUCGAUUUUAAAGAUGAUGGAAACAAACGAGACUGUGGUUCAUCUCGGGAUUCACGACGAUGCGAGUAUGGGACCAGGUGAUAUCAUACAGAUCUUCAAAUGCUUGCAGAAGAACGCGUCUUUAAGACGGUUUUCGUUACAAGGCUGCAAAGGAGUAAGAGGUGAUAGAGUAUUGGAGGCAAUCACAGAGACAUUGCAGAUUAAUCCAUUGAUUGAGGAGAUUGAUUUAGCUAGAACUCCGCUUCAAGAUUCAGGGAAAGCAGAUGAGAUUUAUCAGAAGCUGGGACACAAUGGUAGGAAUAUAGAUGAAGCAGAGGCGGAUUCACUUAAGGAUAUGCCACUUACUGAGCCGAAGAGCGUUAGAGCUUUCCUCUGUGGACAAGACUACGCAGGCAAGACAACACUCUGCAACUCUAUCCUGCAAAGUUUCUCUGCUUCUGGUUUUCCUUAUGUGGAGAAUGUGAAAACUUUGUUGAAUCCUGUGGAGCAAGCUGUUAAAACAGUUGGUGGGAUGAAAAUUAAGACAUUCAAGGAUGAGGAUACAAAGAUCUCCAUGUGGAAUCUCGCGGGGCAGCACGAGUUCUACGCUCUUCAUGAUCUUAUGUUCCCCAGCCCAUGUCUCUUCUUGAUCGUAUUGAGCUUGUUUAGGAAACCGAGCAAUAAAGAACCCAAAUCACCAGCAGAAGUAGAGGAAGAGCUUCAAUACUGGCUUAGAUUCAUCGUUUCCAACUCGAGAAAAGCGGUUCAACAGUGCAUGAAACCAAAUGUCACAGUUGUUCUCACACACUCCGAAAAAAUCAAUCAGCAAUCCGAAAGCUUUCAGGCAACUGUGGUAUCCAUUCAGAGACUAAGAGAUAAGUUUCAAGCUUUAGUGGAUUUCUUUCCGACUGUAUUCACAGUUGAUGCAAGAUCAUCUCCCUCGGUUAGUAAACUCACACAUCAUAUUAGGAUGACAAGCAAAGCCAUCCUUCAAAGAGUUCCCCGGGUUUAUCAGCUUUGCAAUGAUAUGUUACCGCUCUUAUCAGACUGGAGAUCAGAGAAUUCAAACAAACCUAUUAUGAGAUGGAAAGCCUUUGGAGACCUUUGCCAAUAUAAAGUUCCUUCCCUGAGAAUAAAGUCUCGCAAUGAGAACAUUGAAGUUGUGGAGACAAGACGGCGAGCUGUAGCUACAUGUCUUCACCAAAUAGGAGAGGUAAUAUACUUUGAUGAUUUGGGGUUUUUGAUACUUGACUUAGAAUGGUUUUGUGGGGAGGUUCUUGCUCAGUUGAUAAAGCUUGAUGUAAGAAAGCAAAGCGCCGGGGAAAGAAACGGUUUUGUCAGCAGGAAAGAGCUGGAGAAGAUUUUGAAAAGUAGUUUGCAGAGUCCGAUUCCAGGGAUGACUUCAAAGGUACUUGAGCAUUUCGAUGCGUGUGACCUUGUGAGGAUGAUGAAGAAAGUAGAACUUUGCUAUGAACAAGAUCCUUCCAAUCCAGAUUCUUCAUUGUUAGUCCCAUCGAUUCUCGAAGAAGGGAGAGGAAAGACUCAGAAAUGGCAGAUAAACACACAAGACUGUGUUUAUUCAGGUCGGCAUCUCCAGUGCGAUGAUUCAAGUCACAUAUUCCUCACUGCUGGAUUCUUCCCUCGUUUACAGGCAAGGGCUCAAUAA